GUAACUUAAUCUGACGUCAAAACAGGAAGUGUUCGCGAUAUCCACGGCAGUUUCUGUGUUGUGUUGUUGUUUUUGGCGCUCAUUUCACAGCACUACACAGUUUGUUUACUUCUAGAGACACUGUGUUAUAUUGUGAACAUGUUUAACUUGAUUUUUCCAGGAAACCAAACAGCAGACGAGUCGAAACGACUGUCGCCCGACACGCAGGCUGAGGAAGAGGAAGAGGACGAUGGGUCUCCUGAAGAGUAUGUGGCUCGGUCUGGUUUCACUGGAAGUGGCAGCGACCAGAUUAGUUUCAGCAGCGGGGACAGACUGCUGGUGCACGCCAAGCCUUCCUCACAGUGGUGGUGGGCAGAGCUGCGUGGGGUCAUAGGUUAUGUCCCUGCCGGAUACCUGCGCAAGGAUGCUGCUGAGGGGGAGGAGGAGGAGGAGGAGGAGGAGGACCCAUGGCAAGAUGAUGAAUACUUUGGCAGUUAUGGGACACUGAGGCUUCAUUUGGAGAUGUUGUCAGAUAAGAGCCGCACUGAGGCAUACCGGCAGGUUAUUCUCAGCAACUGUGCUUCUCUGAGGAAUAAAGUGGUGAUGGACCUCGGCUGUGGGACUGGCAUCAUCAGCCUGUUCUGCGCUCAGCUGGCACAACCCUCAGUGGUGUAUGCAGUGGAGGCGAGCUCCAUGGCAGAGUACACCAGACAGCUGGUGAAGCAGAACGGCUGUGAGGAGGUGGUCACGGUGCUCCAGGGACGAGCGGAGGAGAUCGAGUUACCUGAGCAGGUGGACGUCCUGGUGUCUGAGUGGAUGGGUAACUGCCUGCUGUUUGAGUUCAUGGUGGAGUCAGUUCUGCUGGCCAGGGACCGCUGGCUUAAGGAAGGCGGCGUGAUAUGGCCCUCAUCUGCGGCCCUCACCCUGGUGCCGUGUCAGGCUGACAGCUAUUAUGCAGAGAAAAUGGCCUUCUGGGAGCGGCCCUAUGGCCUGGACUUCACUCCUCUACAGCCUUUGGCACAGCAGGAGUUCUUCACCAAGCCCAAGUUCAGCCACCUCAUUGAGCCCAAUGACUGUCUCACCGCUCCCUGUGAUGUCCUAAACCUGGACAUGUACACUCUGCAAGUCCAAGACCUGGAGGAAAUAAAGGGUCAGUUUCAUUUUUGUGUGGAAAAGUCUGGUGUUCUCCAUGGAUUCACCGCCUGGUUCACUGUUCAUUUCGAGAGCCUGGAGACAGGAGGCGCAGCAGUGGAGCUAAACACCGGACCUAACUCUGAGCCAACACACUGGAAGCAGACUCUGUUCAUGCUAGACAGGCCGGUUAGUGUAUACGCCGGAGACUCCAUCAGCGGGACCAUUGUCCUGCGCAGGAACCCCAUCUGGAGACGCCACAUGACCGUUACCCUGCACUGGAACAUUAACAGCUGCACAGAGGACACAGACAAUUGCCAGGUUGGGACAAAGAGUUUCCCCAUGUGGAGGUGACACAGCCACAGAAAAACCUGUUGAAUUCUGUUGAGUGAGAUUACACCUGCAAGCUGCUGCAGACCUGAUGAAUGAAGUGCGACUGUCAUAGCGUACGUGACGGUCAAAGGAGGCUCCUCUGGAAGGACAUGCAGUCCUAUAGUGAUAACAACACACCAUAAACCAAGUCAUAAGAGCAGAUUAACAGAAGUGUCAUGAUAAGGAUGAACUGUGGAUCUUUAUAGACAAAGAGAUGUUGUAUUGACAAUGAUUGACACUAUGCUUUAUGUUUAUUUUAUGUUUAUUUUGACUCUAUGUGCGUAUUGUUUUACAAUAGGCUUUCCAUUUACAUUGUUUGUACUUGGUACAAGGGCUACACGCCAGUAGUAGGAUUUAAUGGAUUUAAUAAAACAACAGCUUAACCAUGAAUGAUAAUGGUUAGUGAUAUUAUACUUUUUUUCCUAUUUUCAAAUAUUAAAGUGAAUAAUGUACGCCACUGAAAUGUUAGCUACAAAUAUUAAUUAGCUUUGUUAGCUAAAAUAUGCCCCAAAAACAACAUUGUAGAACAUACAAAGAUGAUUGUUCACAAUAAAAUAAAAUAACUGUACAAUAAGUAAACUCAUGUUGAUAUAAACGACAUAACGGAGUCAUUCAUCUACAAA